AUGAAUCCAGAAAGGAAGAACAUCCAUAAUUACAAGUUUGUGGAACCUCAGUUGGCUGUAUUGAGAGGACUUGGGGCACGUCUAGAUAUGGGACACAAAGAUGACUUCAAGGAAGAUUAUGGUAACCUUUUGGGUAUUCUGAACACCGAAGUCAACAUCACUGUUGUGCACACCUUGGUGCAAUUCUAUGAUCCACCACUAAGAUGCUUUACUUUCCAAGAUUACCAGCUAGCGCCUACAUUGGAAGAGUACUCUCGUAUUUUGGGUAUUAGGACCAAGAACCAAGUGCCCUACAUCCGCACUAAGGAACUUCCUAAAUAUCAAGAUCUUGCUAAAGCUCUACACAUGGGAAAGAAGGAAAUAGAACUGAACCUGAAGCCAAAGGGUGGAAUCUAUGGCUUCACCUCUAAGUUUCUAGUGGACAAAGCUAUUGCCUUCGCUGAAGCUGGGAGUUGGACGACCUUCAACGCAAAUCUAGCUUUACUUAUCUAUGGGAUUGUAUUGUUUCCGAAUAUGGAGGAAUUCAUAGACUUGGUUGUUAUUCAUAUCUUCCUGACUCAGAAUCUGAUUCCUACUCUUCUUGCUGAUACUUACUAUUCCAUCCAUGUACAAAAUCAUAAGAAGAAAGGGACUAUCGUCUGCUGCACCCCUUUACUGUAUAAAUGGUUUAUUUCGUAUCUACUCAGCAAAGGCCCUUUUAUGGAAAACAAAGAUAACUUGAAGUGGUCCCAUCGGAUCAUGUCCUUAAAAGCCGAAGACAUUCCUUGGUAUUCUCGAGUUUAUGAUGGAGUCAAGCUUAUCCUCAACUGUGGGGAUUUUCCUAAUGUGCCUCUUCUUGAUGAAUUGAAGAAGGUUAUCAAGACCCUAGAGAAAGAGAAUGUUGAUCUCAAAUCUAGGCUUGGUAAGAUCUCAUUGGAGAAGGAAACCUUGAAAUUCAAUCUGAGUCAGAAGAGAGACCGAGUUCGUCAAGCAGAUGAUGAGUUACAGACAGAGGUAUUCAAAAGACUCAAAGUGGGUGAUACUCUCAAAGGGACUUAUGCCAACCUGGAGACCAAGAAGAAGCAGUGA